AUGGCAAAAUUACACAAAACUAAAUACCAUAUUUUUCUGAGUGUGCAAUUACUUCAUCGAUGUGAAAUACUUGAAAAAUAUGAAACACGCAGUAAACGUUUUGCAACAAAAAUGUAUUUCAAAGAAACAAUGAAAUUCAAUGUACCUUCGACUUAUGCUGACAUCAGCCUUCAAAUAAAAGUUUACCAAAACACAGGAAAUGAUGAAGAAAUUGGACAUAUCCUAGUUGGUCCGCAAGGACACCUAACCGGCGUACAUCACUGGAAACAGACAUUCAAUCAUCCAAAUACGCCAAUAUCCGUCUGCCACAAGCUGACAUCCACAGUACGACUUCCCAAAGGAUUUCUCAGAUCCUUAUAG